ACAGUGAGCAGUCAGAAUUCACCAGCUGAUCGCAAGUUGCUCAAGAAGGAAGUCCACUUUCAUUCAUUUCUGAUAUUAAUAACGUUCAAAACACCCACAAUCAUGGCUACAGAGGGUGUAAAAGGCAAAAAAGUAAUAAAACUCGGAGACAUGAUGGCCAACUUGCCCAAAUUAGACGAGUUCCAGAUGAAAAUAUUGGUGGCGGUUUUGGUCGGCCUCCUCACACUGUACAUUCUCUUCCGACUCUUCCGGUCAGGCAGCAAGCGCCGUGGUGUGCUCCUGAUGGGGCUCUGUGAAUCUGGCAAGACACAGCUCUUCUCACGGAUUUGCCAUGGGGCUGAUGUCACCACAGUCACUUCCAUGAAGCCCUCUAAUGCAGAAUACAAAGUUGGCAAGAAAUCUUUGACUAUAUACGACGUACCAGGUCACGAACGCAUACGCUAUGCUGCCUUUGAGAAAAUCAAGAAUGUCACUGGAGGUAUAGUCUUCCUGGUGGAUUCAGCAACUAUUCAGAAAGAUGUCAGGGAUGCAGCUGAAUUCCUUUACAGUGUACUGUGUGAUGAAACCAUUCAAAAUGGUCAUCCAAGGAUUCUAGUGGUUUGUAACAAGCAGGACCUUCCUCUGGCCCGUUCUGCCCAGCUCAUCUGCAAGAUGAUGGAGAAGGAAAUGAACCUCCUGCGAGAGACACGCUCCAGCCAGCUGCAGUCGACCAGCGGCACAGGAAACAAUAACAGCUUCCUUGGGCAUCCUGGUCAAGACUUUGAGUUUGGACACCUAGGAGGCAUCAAGGUGGACUUUGUGGAGGCUGUAACAAAAGAAGGGGAGAAAAUUGAUCCUGUUACAUCUUGGUUAGAGAGAUUGGCAUAAGAGGUAACAUGCUGCACAUGAUGUGGAUGGUGUAAUGCCCUCAUACCAAGUUGUGCCAUGUGUUGGAGAGGCUGAUGAGAUCUUCAGACUGACUGUGAUCCUGACUGCUGUCAGUAGAAACUCCUUUUGAGAUUCAAGAAAUAUAGGACAGUCAGAAUAUCACAUGACUGCAAGAAAUUCUGAAUUGAGAAUGUAGAAUUGAGCCACUGCAAAUCAUUUAUCCAAGUCAGAUUUUUUGAUUCUCAUUAUACACAGAAUGCUAGAGAAAUGUUUGUUUAUUUAUCAACUGUGCUCUAGAAAAAAAAGUUUUUUUUUCUGCUGGCAUAUUUACCUUGAAAUACUUUUGUGAAUAAGUAGAUAAGGUCAACAGUUUGUCAUAUAUUUGUUAUUUCUUCCUGUUUAACAUUAAAAAGAAAAUAAAUAAUUUGUGUUUGAGUUUAUUAUUAUUACUUUAUUUAUUGAUUGACUUGAGAACAGAUAGUAGUAGUUUGACUUAAAAUAAACAGCAUAUUGUUGUUAGCUUUUUAUGUAGUUUAUGUAAUCAGUACAUAUGUACAAUAAUCAGUUUUAGGAAAUUAUUUUCUUUGAUGAGAGUUUGGUACUUGGUACAACAAUUGAUUUUUGUAUUACUGAAGACAAGAAUAAAAUAACCAAUUGAUGCUUGGUUUACAGACCUUGAAGAAAUGUUCUAUGAUUUAAAUGAUUUUAUUGAGUACUUAUCUACAUUUUGCUGUUAUUAUUUAUACAUAUUAUGAUUAAGGAAGGGUUGUUUUCCUCUAAGAAUGUCAUCUUACUCAUUUUCCUGCUUCUGCUCUUGCUCCCCUUCCUCUUUCCUCCUCAGCCUCCUGGAAAUUCAUAAGCAGCCCAACCAAUAUUAAUAUUCCUACUUUUUCUUCCUCUUCCUCCUCCUUGUCUCCCUCGUCCUCCUGUUUUUGUGUUUUUCUCUUCCUCUUUUCAUGCAUUUUUUUCUGACUUGCUUUGUUUGUGCAUUUUGUAAGGUAUGUAUACGGUACAAUAUGACAAUGGAUUCAUACAUUUUUUUUAAGAAUUGAUAUGUGAAUCUCGCUAACUCUUCAAGGGAAUCUGAAUUACAGGCGGUGUUUAUUUUUCAUAAUAAAUAUAAAACAAAA